AUGUCGUAUAAUGUUAGCAAUGCAAGUUUGGCUGACUGCUUAAAUAAAUUGAGAGUAUACGACCUUAAUCAAUUAUGCCGGAAGUUUCUUUUACCACAAAAUGGUAAAAAAGUAGCAAUUAUUGAACGAAUUUUAGAAUGUAUAACAGAUAUUGAGAGAGAAGAGCAAAUAUAUGAAUUUAUAUUAGCGACGAAACCAUCUAUAUUUGAAUCAAAUAAAGGAAAGAAGCAAAAUAACAAAGCUUCAAAUAGUGAUAAUAAUAAUGAAGCAUCCAAUAAUAAUAAAUCAAAUAAUAAUAGUAAUAAUUCUUCUGUGAAUAAUAAUAAAAAUAAUAAUGUAUUAUCCAUUAAUAGUGAUACAAAUAAUCACGAAAUCCAUGAUACAAAUACAUUGAAAAAAAAUUCCUCUCAAGCCCCGAAAAAGGGAAAAGUGAAAAUAUAUGAAGAGAGCAACGAAUUUUCUUCAUGUAUAUGUGGAGGAAUGGUCAAAAAUGUUUUAAGUAAAAAUUGUGUAGUAAAAUGCAUAGAAUGUGAAAAGCCGCAACACAUUAGUUGCUAUAUACAAAAUUCAUGUAUAAGUAAAAAUAUGCAAGAUUAUAAAAUAUUAUGUGUAGCAUGCCGAUUAAAAGACAUGGACCCAUUUUAUCCUCUUAAACAAAUAUUAUGGAUGAAAAGUUUAAAUACAAACUCUGAAAAAUUAAUGAUUAACGCAAGUGAUAUAAAAAGUUGGAAAAAUGAAAAUAAAGAAGUUAUAAUAUUUUGUAUACAUGCUGAUAAAACCGAUUUAAGUGGCACUGUUUCUGUAAAACAAGAAUGGCCCAAAACUUUUUCUUUAAAAGUUAAUGGCAAUGUUAUAGAAAAAAUAUUUGAACCAUCAUGGGAACAUAAAAGAAGGGAUAGCCCUCUUAAAAUUACUCAUGUACUGCACGCUGGAAAUAAUAAUAUAGAUAUAAAUAUUACAAAUUAUGAUCCACCGAAAUUAUUUGUUCUUGCUUUUUUAUUAUGUAAAAUAGAAACAGAACAAAGUAUUAUAGAAAAUAUUAUAUUAAAUAGCUCUUUAAGUUUUAAAGAAGCAAAAAAUAGAAUAAUUCAUAUUUUGUCAAUAAAGCAUGACGAUGAUGAAGUAAUGUGUAUGGAAGUCAAUAGAAAAAUAAGUUUGAAUUGCCCUUUUUCAUUAGAUAGAAUAUUAAUACCUUGUCGAGGUGUUAAAUGUUCUCAUAUUCAAUGUUUUGAUUUAAAAUCAUUUAUUGAUAUAACCAAAAAAACAAAAGCUUUUAAUAAUAGAUGGAAAUGCCCAGUAUGCUCAUUUUUUUUAAGACCAAAACAUCUAGUAAUCGAUACUUUUAUUACAUAUAUUUUGUCACAAGUUCCUAAAGACAUUAAAGAAGUAGAGCUUAACAAAAUGGGUGAAAUCAUAUUUAAUCAUAAUAAUUCUGAAUCCAAAAUUUUGAAAAGUGUUGAUGAUGCUGAUUUAGCAAAUUUACAAAAGAUUGGACUUGAAAUUAAAACCGAACAAAGUAUAGAUAAUAAUAUAAAUAAUGAUGGAAAAGAAAACAUCAAUACGAAUGAAAUUAUUAUUUUAGAUUCUGAUUCAGAAUCAGAUGCAGAAAAUAAUGAGAUUACGAAUCGCAAUCACAAUCGCAUCGAAAAAACAAACCUCAAUAAUGUACAAGAUGGAUGUGAAGUUAUAUGCAUAUCUGACAGUGACGAUAAUGAUAAUGCUCCUUUGAUCAGUAAAAAAUCCGAAAGCCACUCAAAAAAUAAACUACCUUUUUCAAUAGGUAUGGGGAAUUAUGGAAAUAAUCAAUAUUUAAGUAGUUUUUUUAUAAGAAAUAUUAAUGAUAUAGAUAAAAUAAAUAUGCUUCCAAAUACUUAUUCAAAUUUUAACGAAAUGAUUUCAAAUGCUUUAAAUGAUAUCGAUCCCAUUCGAUUUAAUGAAAUAUAUUUAUCAAACAAAAUAUUAAAUCCUGAAAUAAUUCAAAAAAAUAACGACGGUAAAUUAAAUAGUGAUAAAAACAAUAGUAACAUAAACAAUGACGGUGAUAAAGAAGCAAACGAACAUAUUAUUGACAAUGAUAAUAAUAACGAAAAUUUAAAAAACUCAACAAUACAUAAACCUAGUAAUGAGAAUUUAAAUAAUUCUCUUUUAUUUUUUUGUAACAAAGAUAAUUUGCUAUCACAAGAUAUGUUUUUUUUUAAUACAACAUUAGAAGCAUUAAGUUUAGAUCCUGGUAAUAAAUCUAUAAAUUAUUCUGAUAUUGUGAAUAAUAAUAAUACAAUUUUAAAUGAGGCAACAGAAAAUAAUCAAAGUGUGAAUUUGGAAAAAGGAAAUACCUCUGGUGCGUUUGAUUUAUUUGAUAGAAAUUUAAUUUUACCAACUAGUAGUAUUAAUAAUAAUUUAACUAGUAAACUAAGAAAUUAUCUCGAUGGAAACAAUAGUAAUGAUGCCAAUAAAGAUGAUAGUAGUAAUAAAGAAAAAAAUAACAGUAAUAUUGGAUAUGAACUUAAUGAUAUGUCUUCGCCCCACGAUCAAAUAAAUUUGAAUCAGCUUCCAAAUUUUGAAAAUUGCGAAAUCGCAGAAAAUGAUCAAACGGAAGAAAGUCAAAAAACUAAUGAAAAAAGCGAAGAUGAAGAAAAUGAUGAUGAUUCAAAUUUAAAUAAAAAAAAAAGAAAAAAAGAUAAGGAAAAUGAAAAAGAAACACCACGGAAAAAAUGA